UAUGACAUAUGAUAUUGACAGUUAACACUGUUUGUCUACUGGACUGGAGCUGACCGCCAAAAUUUAAUGUGAAUUGUGAAUGUCAAAACUCUCAAGCAAAGUUUUAUUUUCACAAUAAUUUAGAAAUCAGACUAAAGAUAUUUAUUCGUAUUGGGUUAAAGUAUUUAUUAUAGUUUACGAUUGGCAUCUUGUAUUUGGGAUUUUGGAUUUAAAGAACUGAUCAAACUUAACCUGAAACAUCUAAAUUAAUAUGUCACUUCUGGAGGAUGUUUUUCUCCAAGAUGAGGCAAAUGAAGCCCAGGAAUUAGAAAGAGUUAUAGAAGGUGACGAAUUUGAAGGAAGACCUCGUUCAGAUAGCGAUGAAAAUAGCGAAAAAGAAGACGAAGCAGAGGAAGAUAAAAGAAGAGUUGAUCCAACAACCACAAAGACCAGACGUGUAGUUAAAAAUCCAAGGUUUAUUUUAAACCCAGCGAGGCUCACUGGACCUCGAGGUAUACAAGUUAUACCUGAACAUUUCAAGGAUUUCAAAUUUAAAGGUAAAGGACAUGAAAAAGAGGAUUUAGAUUUAGUACUCAAAAAGCUAGAGCACUGGGCCUACAGGUUAUAUCCUAAGUUUCAGUUUGAGGAUUGCCUGAAGAAAAUUGAAACACUGGGAAAAAAACGACCUGUUAUGGUACAUCUCCAGAAAAUAAGAACAGAUCAAUAUCUGACUGAAGAAACCGUGGUGCAGAAGGAUUCUAGUGAUGAGGAAGCACCCCCAGAGGAUGAAUUUGACAAAUUGCUACAACAACAAAUAGAGUUGGCAAGGUCAACUCCCGCCCCAGGAUCAGUUAAGAAAGUGCCGUUUAGCCCCAUUAAAGAAAUCAAAUCUUUAACUAUGCCAAAAGCAACAUCGUCACCAUCCAUCAGCGAGGAACAAAGAGAAAGGAUGAUGAGGAACAGAAAAAUCGCCGAAGAAAGACGUUUAGCAAGACUUAAAAAUCUUUCAAAUGCAAAUAUUAAUGUAUCGGAAACUCAGAACACGGGUGUUCAAGAAAUAUCGAACGUACAAAAUGGUGUAACAGUUAAUGAGAAUACUGAAAAUAUGAAUAUAAAUGAAAAUACAGAUAAAAUAGUCGAGGUGAAUACAGAAAUACCAAUUAGAAGACAUAAUAGAUCUAAUGUUAUUGAUAGUUCCGAUGAAGAUGAAAUAACAUUAGUGAAUGAGUCUAUUACAGCAGAUGUACAUAUACAUAAGCCAAUGGAUAACGGUACAAAGAGAGAUAAUUCUAUCAACAAUACGGUAGAAACUACAUCUCCUAAUCAAACUGAUAAUAAUGACAUUGAGAGUGAAAUUGAAGAAAUUCCAGCCAAUAAUAUUGAGGAUGUAAAUAAAUUAAAACAUGAUUUAAUUGAAAGUGAAGUUAAUGAUUCAGAAACUACUGAAACCAACAUACAAGAAACAGACAUUGAUAAAAUUGGAGCUCAAGAUGAUAGUAAAAAUACAAAUGGAGAUCAAGUGAAUAUGAAUCAAGAUACAGUUGGAAAUCAAAAUGAUGAUGUUGGAAUUGUCGAAGAUUUAAUGGAUGUUGAUUUUAGUGAUGAUUUCUAAAAUAAAACUUUGAAAAAUUAA